UGACUCAGCUGCUUUCCUGGACUGAGACUAUUCUGCACAGCCCAAUUAUUCCCGAACUCGGUACCUAAUCCUGCUUCAGCACCACGGACAGCGGCACUGCCGAAUUUCGGGGUCUUGGCUGGAUAGAACGCUCCCUCUGUGGGCAGACGCGAUGGGAGAAUCGGGAAGUCCUGGGGAUAGAUACCAACAGGGCUUCCGGUUGAAGCUUCCUCUGCCCUCCCAUAUCCUGUGGCUUCUUUUCUCUAUCAGAGGAACCGCAGAGGGCAGGCUGUCCCAGGCAUCGGGAAGGGAUGCCACUGUGGCUGCUGCUCAUGCUGUCGAUAGGGUCUGUGGCUCAGGUUUUGAGCUACAAGCUGAAACUCCAGAAGUCUAUGACAGUGCAGGAGGGCCUGUGUGUCCACGUGCCAUGUGAAUUUUACUAUCCUUGGCUUUCCUUUAUGAGCCCCUACAUGUCUUGGUUCCAGAAAGGGGCAGAUGUAAACCAAGAUCCUCCAGUGGCCACCAACAAACCAAACCAGAAGCUGCAUGAGAGAACCCAGGGCCGGUUCUUCAUCCAUGGGGACCUCCAGACUGGGAACUGCUCCCUGGACAUCACAGAAGUCCACAAGGGGGACAGUGGGACUUACUUCUUUCAAUUGGGCACAUAUUCAUAUCUAGAUACUAUGUUCUCUCUGAAUGUGACAGCCCUGACCCACACACCUCAUAUCAUCAUCGCGGGGACCCUGGAGUCUGGACACCCCAGGAACCUGACCUGCUCUGUGCCCUGGGCCUGUGAGCAGGGCACAUCCCCCAUCUUCUCCUGGACGUCAGCUGCCCUCACCUCCCUUGGCACCAGGACUCACUUCUCCUCAGUACUCACCCUCACCCCACGGCCCCAGGACCAUGGCACCAACCUCACCUGCCAAGUGUACUUCCCUGCAGUUGGUGUGAUGGUGGAAAGGACUGUCCAGCUCAAUGUCACCUAUGCUCCACAGAACACAGCCAUCAGGAUCUUCCAAGGAAGCAGAAUAGGUCCUCAGAUUUCCAUCUGCUGGACAGUUGGAGCAGCUCCAGGGAAAUCGUCCGAGCCUCCUUUGCAGGCCUUCGGUGUGGACUCUGCUAGUUCCCUCCUCAGAGCAAGUGUGGACAUUGCAAGAGGAGAGAAACACCAGCUUCACACAACUCAGGGGCUGUGGAGGAAGGAGACCUCAUCUGCCAAGCUCAGAACCCACUGGGCUCCCAGCACAUCUCCCUGCAUCUCUCUGUGGUCUACCCCCUGCUCCUGGGAGGGCGAGGGGCUGCGCUGUAACUGCUCCUCCCGAGCCCAGUGGGCACCCACCCUGCGCUGGCGGCUGGGGGAGGAGCUGCUGGAGGGGAACCACAGCAACACCUCCUGGACUGUCACCUCCAGCUCUGCGGGGCCCUGGGCCAACAGCUCCCUGAGCCUCAGUGGGCCGCUGAGCUCCGGCCUCAGACUCAGCUGCGAGGCCCAGAAUGCACAGGGGAAACAGAGCGCCGCUGUCCUGCUGCUCCCAGCAGAUAAACCGGAACCCAGGACCAGUGGGGUCAUAGGAGCAGUUGUGGGAGCUGGCACCAUGGCCCUGCUUUCCCUCUGUCUUUGCCUCAUCUUCAGAGUGAAGACCAGCAGGAAGAAAGCAGUCCAGCUAGUGCAAAGCACGGAUGUGAGUCCAGCUGGCAGCUCAGGCUCUGGGGCAUAUCAGUACCAGUCCUGGACGGACAUCCCUGCAGCUACCCCAGCUCCUGCUGAGGCCAGACCCAUUUCAGAAGAGGAACAGGAGCUCCACUAUGCUCUCCUCAGAUUUCCCAAGCCGAAGUAUCAGGAACAGGAAGACAUCCACACCGAGUACUCAGAGAUCAAGACACACAAGUGAGGAACUAUUUUUCUCAUAGUUCUGGAGGCUGGAAGCUGAGAUCGACGUGUCAGCAGAGGCCUCUCUCCUUGGCUUGUAGUUGUCCGUCUUCUUUCUCUGUCCUCACCUGGUCUUCCCUCUGUGUGAGUCUGUGUCCCAAGUUUCUUCUGAGGAUACCAGAUGUACUGGAUUAAGGCCCACCUUAGUGACCUCAUUUUAACUGAAAUUUCCUCUUUCAAGACCCCAUCUCCUACAGUCUCAGUACUAUAGUACUGGGGUUUAGGACUUCAAUAUAUUAAUCUUGUGAUUUUUCAGCCCAUCACACUCAGCCUUGACUAUUUUAAAAUUAAUGGGCUUCUUGGCAAUGGUUUGAAUCUCCUAGUACGUGUGGAAGACCCUAGGACUUGUGUCCAAAAGACUGAGUUCCAAUCCGUCUACGCCACGGACACACUUUAUGACUCACUUUACUGUUCUACAAAGCAGCGAAGUCAUCCUCAUCUAGCAAGAUGAUCACGAAAGAUCGAUGAGUCAGUAAGUCCUGACACAAAGCUUUUUGUGAACUCUGCACACAUGCGUGUGUCAGGACUUCUCUUAGAUGCUUUAACAGAAAGUUUCUGCUAACGAUUUCUCUGAAGGCCUGGAGGGGCCAGUCCCAGAGGUCACAGAACUUUCCCACCAGGAUCAAACACAAGAAGGAUGGCUGCCCUUACCACUUCUGUUAAACGGUAUUUCAUAGAUCCUUUCCACUGCAAUAAAUGCAAGAAGUAGAAA